GUCGCCAUUUUCUUAUGAAGGAAAGGGACGGAGAAGAGCGACCAACGGCGGCUGAAAUAAACCCGAGACCGGCGUGUUCUGUCACCGAGUCGUGUCCGAACGGUUCGCCGGAUGAGUUGAUGGACUGCCUGCUGAUCCGUGGUUCUGGUGUCCAUCAGGCCGCAGCAGGUGUUCCCGGGUCGCUGGUGUCGAAGAUGGAGGACGCGGCGGCGAAGGAGGACGCGUGUAGAGAGUACCAGUCGUCCCUGGAAGACCUGACGUUCAACAGCAAGCCGCACAUCAACAUGCUCACCAUCCUGGCCGAAGAGAACACCCAGUUCGCCAAGGAUAUCGUCGCGAUUAUUGAAGCUCAAAUAAGCAAGGCCCCGGCCAACGAGAAGCUUCCUGUUUUGUACUUAGUGGACUCCAUAGUGAAGAACGUUGGAGGAGAGUACCUUGCAGUGUUUGCUAAAAACCUAAUCACUUCCUUUAUUUGUGUCUUUGAAAAGGUAAAGUUGUGUUUGCAGCUCGUUAACCCUUCAUGUCCUGUUUGUUGUGUGGCUUGUCCUCUGCAGCUGUUAGCUGCAGGGUUAAUGUUGUGUUGUGACCGGCCCCCCUGCAGCUCUGGACCCACACCUGUGCUCUGUCUGCAGGUGGACGAGAACACCAGGAAGUCCCUGUUCAAGCUGCGCUCCACGUGGGACGAGGUCUUCCCCCUGAAGAAGCUGUACGCUCUGGAUGUCCGGGUCAACUCCGUGGACCCGGCCUGGCCCAUCAAGCCGCUGCCGCCGCCCACCUCCACCGCCAUCCAUGUCAACCCCAGGUUUUUAAAGCAGUCAGAGGAGCCGCCCUCUCCACAGGCGGCCCCGGUCCAGCCUCCCGCGCUGACCCCGGCCCCCCAGCCGGCCCCCGUCAUCCCCCAGUCCAGCCUGACCCAGGAGCAGCUGAUCCGGCAGCAGCUGCUGGCCAAACAGAAGCAGCUUCUGGAGCUGCAGCAGAAGAAGAUCGAGCUGGAGCUGGAGCAGACCAAAGCUCAGCUGAUGGGACAGGCUGGAUUUGGUUUACCCCCGGGGUCUUCUGUCUCUGCUGCAGCAUCCAGCUCCCUGUCCAAGCCCCCCACCCAGACUGCACCUGUCAUCCGACCCUGGAUCCCCCCCCUGCCCCAGUCUGAGCCCAAACCUUCCACCAGAGACCCCCGUCUGAACCGGGUCGGCCCCCUGACAAAAGAGCCUCCGGCUGCAAAGAGGGACAGUCCUGUGGUCCCUCCUGACAGGAAACCUGUGGAGAAAAGCAGCCGGCAGGACAAAGGCAGGACCCCCAGGAAAGAGGUUUUAGACAACCAGUCCAAGUCUCCGUCUCCUCUGACCAGAAGUGUCCAAAGUAAAACGAAACCAGCCGAGCCUGAAGCUCAGAAACCUGCCGACGGCACCAAGAAGGACCCCCGCCUGAAGAAACGUCCACAAGACAAAACCACAGAGUCCAAAGAGGACGAGGUGAAGGACAAGAAGCGCUGCGGGGACAAGAAGGAGCGAGACGAGUCUCCACGAGGACCAGAACCUCUGAGGACCACCAAGAUCAAAGUGCACAACGGUUCUGUGGUCAAACACGAGCGUGACGAGUCCUCCGAGAAGAUCGACUUCAAGACGGGCGGCAACGCUCGCACCCACGCCAGGAAACGCUCCCGCUCCCCCACCGCCUCCCCCAAGAGGAAGGAGCGGCGCUCCCCGAAGAGCCGAGCCCGGAGCAGCUCCCCGUCCCUGUCCCACAAACCCGGGAAACCCAGGCAGCACGGCAAACCGGGCCGAGAGGACCGGGUCGCUCAGAAAAAGACCCAAUCAGAGGGCCGCAGGCUCAAGAGGCCGGCAGAGGACCGGCGCUCCGAGUCCCGGGACUCCCACUCCCCCCGAGGACACGACGGGGGAGGAAAGGAGUCCAAGGAGACGCCUCAGCGCUGGAGGAGCGGCUGGGAGGACAGCAAACACUUGAAGCUGCUGGAGGACGCCCGCUCCAAGCCUGGACCUCCGAGACACAAACUGUACGGAACCCCGACUCGUCCCGGCACCCCCCGAACCCUGAAGCACCGCCUCAGCGUGGACCCCAACCUGCAGAUACCUGAAGUCCUAAACUCCGCCUCCAAGAAAGACCUGCUCAGGAGGGCCAGCAAGCGUCUGGAGAGCGGUGAGAUCUCCCAGGAGGACUUCCUGAACAUGGCCCACCAGAUCAAACACCUGUUCCAGUACCAGGAGGAGAAGCAGCAGCGCUCCGACGUCUGGGACCAAGCCCAGGACUUCCCCCUCAGCAAGUCGUCUCUGCUCAGCAUGUCCCCCAACACCCAGCCCCACCCUCAGAAACCCAUGGACGCCGCAGAGCUGUCCUACUACGAGCACAAGUCCAAGCUGAAGAAGACGCAGGUCAGCCACCGUGUCUCAGCCGAGGACAGACAGGACGUCUCAGAGGACAGCAGGGACCUGGGACCAGGAGACAACAGUCGCAGUGCCUACAGCCGCCUGGCACGGGACAGAACAGGUGAGAGGAGGAGCAACGAGGGGGAGGAGCCACAGCCCCCGCUGGCCCCGAUGAUCGAGGAGUACCACCACGGCAAAGAGUUUCCUAAGCUCAAGUCUCUGCCCGGACUCAGGUUCAGGAGGAGAGCCGACCCCCGAGAGUCCAGAGAGACCAGUGAGCGGGAGUGGACGUCUCCUCUGAUGGAGCGUCAGGUCUACGAGGAGGAGCAGAAGAGCAGUUACGAYGCUCCGCGGAGAUAUGGCCCCCCCACGGAGCCCCGCAGGUCUGAGGGGCCGUCCCCCUCAGGUGCAGGGUCCAGGACCUGUCCCAGCCCAGGUGGUCUAGAGGCCCCUCCUCUACGUUUUGAACGGGAGCGCCUGUCUCCGCUGCAUCAGAAGGACUCGGCGGACCUGAGUCCUGUCCCACGGUUCGAGAGUCCAAACAGUGAACACUCAGACGACGGGCCCCUGGAGGUCCCCCAUGCUCCUCCCCCUAAAGCCUCUGUGAAGGGUCCGCCUCGUGGGGGGCCCCUGUCCUCUGUCCGUCCACAUGGAGACUCCCCGGGACACACGCCUCCUCACGAAGGAGGACAACCUCCCACACGUUACAGUGGACCUGGACCCAUGGGCCCCUCGAGGCCCCACCGACCUGGCUGGUACGAGGCGGGGGGUCUGGGGCAUUAUGAGGAGCCACAGUUUGAGGGGCCGCCCCACCCCGGACCCUGCAGGUUUGAUGGUGGAGCCCCCCAUCGUGAUGGGGAGGGGCCACGCAUGUCUCAUGGUCCAAUGAAAGGAGACGGCCUGGCACGCUUUGAUGGACCCCCUCAGGGGCCCGUCAGGUUCGGGGCUCCUAUAGGCCAGCAGACCCCUGUCCGGUAUGAGGGACCGGUGGGGGGGCCAGGCCCUCUAGAAGGUCCGGUUCAGCACUUUGAAGGUCCGGUCUGCUUCAACAACAUGGGCCCCGCCCCCAUGGGCUUCCAGCAGCAGCAGCAGCAGCAGCGGCCCCUGCGCUUCGAGGGGCCCGGGAACCAGAUGGGUCCCAUGAGGUUUGAUGGUCCCGCUCGCUUUGAGGGUCCUGGACAGCUGGGGCCCAGGUUUGACAUGCCCAGUGGGGCCCCUCGCUUCGAUUACCCCCCGGGCCAGCAGGGGCCCCCCAGGUUUGCCCCCCAGCCCAACAUGCAGCGUCCCAUGCAGCCCAUGGCCCCGCCCAUGUACGACAGUCCCAUGGUCCCCCAACAGAACUUUAACAUGGCCCCCCAGCGGUUCCCAGAGGCCCUGAACCCCCAGUUCCCUGCAGGGCCCUCCAUGCAGCCUGUAGGGUCCUUCAACAUGCAGCCGAGCCCCUUCAACCAGCCGGGCCCCGGGGCCUUCUACAGUCCUGCAGCCCCCGCUGUGGGCCUGCACCAACCGGUGAACCUGAACCAGGCCUUCCUGCCUCAGAACCCGGUGCCUUUUGGACCACAGAAGAACCACUUUGGACAGGUGGACGUCAACGACCUGCUGUCCAAACUCAUCUCCACUGGAAUCAUCAAGCCAUCGUCUCAGCCAGAAGCCACGCCCACAUCCAGCACAGAGUCAUCGUCUGCUGCAGCUCCGGCCCCGCCCCCAGGUGAGGAGGAGGAGGAGGAGGAGCCGGAGGUAGAAGAUGAAGACUUACCAGACCUGACCAUCUUCAGCAUCGACCUGAUGAAACAGCGUUAUGAGAGUGUGGUGACCAAGCUGUACUCAGGUAACCAGUGCUGCCUGUGCAGCAUGCGCUUCACCACCGCGCAGACAGACAUGUACGCAGACCACCUGGACUGGCACUUCAGGCAGAACCACGCUGGUAAGGUGGCCAGCAAGAAGGUGACCCACCGCCGCUGGUACUACAGCCUGACG